AUGCCAACAGGUGAGGAGGAUGAGGAUGAAGCAGCUUUCAUUGCCGCCAGUACCGGAGGAUAUGGAAAGUUUGAAGUGCUUCAGAGAGCCCUCACUUCCCUGACUUACAGCGCCCUCUGUCUGCCGGAGGACAUUGCCGCUCGUGGGGUUGAAGGAAUACCCAACUACCACUACCGCAAUGACGGCCUUAAACAGUGGGCUGUGAUCAACAGGUUUGUGGAUGGCAUGGUGAAACAUUACUACCCAGCAGACAAAGAUGUCCUGGAGGACACUGAGCUGCAGGCCUGGAUAGAGGAUAUCUUCACCAACGGGUUCUUAGGAAGGCAAGAGUCAGGUAUCCCAGGAACUUUCCUCACUGUUCAGGAACUAACGAAGUUUCUCACCAUGGUCAUAUUCACCUGCUCGGUGCAACACAGCGCAGUCAACAGUGGACAGUUUGACUACUGUUCCUGGAUGCCUAACGCCCCCCCACCAUGACCCAACCUCCACCCUCCACGAAGCAGAACCUCCGCUUUUCUGAGCUCGUCCACAGUCUAGCUGACUGCAAGAGCUCCUUACUGAGCCUGAUUCUGACCAGGACACUCAGCUUCUCUUACUCUCGCAAUGUGAGUUUCUCCGUCGGCCACAGUGACAUAAGCUGUUGAGACAUUUUAAUGUUG